GACAGCUCGACUGUUCUUUCCCAAUGCCGACAACAAGGUAACCAGGUAGCCAACCACACCCUCAGCAACCAGCCAUGGCCGUCCCAGAUUCAUGCCGUUGGCUAAGCUGGACCCAUCGUCAUUCACCAACCGCCGGACGGCUCGGUAGAGGAGUUGGGUCCCUUUUGCAGCAGGCCUGCAUGGCCUCGCAUCGCACAGCAUCGCAGUGGCCUCGCACCACAUCGGGCGACCUUCCUCAACAAGGGGCCUGGGCCUCUGGCUCCUCGACGGAUUAACGGAUUGGCGAAUUGACGAAUUGACGAGCCCACGAGCCCACAUGCGCAUCCGUCUUGCCCCCAUCCUCGGCGCUCCAUCACGCCCGCCCCAUGAUGGGUGUUGACCACUUGAUAACUGACCGCUGGCUGCUCUGCAUCUCCCGGCGCAGUAAUCUGGCCCCUUGUCCACAUCCUGGUCGCCAUCCUGAUCACGCCCCAAUUCAAAUACGCAUACAUACGUCGAGGGUCCGCACCGGUGUACCCGAAGAGCCGCAUUGUCCGAGUCUUUCUUUUUUUUUCCUCGCCUACCACGGGUUCGGGUCAAAAAGAAGAGCAAAAAGAAGGGGGAGAACGUGGCGCCUCCCAGGUGCUCGCCGUGCUUCUUUUUCCCUCCCAACUUGCCGUCUUUGUGGCGCUCUCGCAGCACACGCUACUGAAAGGUUGCUUCGCUGCGCUCGUCGGAAGCUGCUCGCUGCUGGCUGCUGCAACUUGCGCUCGGCCAGGCCUGGGCUGAUGUGAGACCAUCCCCGCGGAAGAUCACCCCUCCCGCAGUUUUUUUUUUCAUUCCCAGCCAAUUUCUGGUCUGCAGAUCCAGAACCUGCCGCUGCCGCUGCCCAGGAGGAAAAGAAAGAGAAACCGUUUAUUUAGACGCCCCUCGUCCCGUCUCGGGCGUCCAGGCACAAUGGACAUCCGCGACCUUCUGAUCGAUCCGCCGCCCGACAUGGUAGCAAACCAGGACGGCACAGCAGCCGCACCGGCGCGACCCCCCACCACCCUUGGACGCGAGCCACAGGCGACAUCCGGCCAACCAGCAGCCGCAGCCGAGAUACACGCUGCCUUGGCCUCCGCGCCCAAGGCCUACGACCACGCACGAGUCCCGUCUCGUGCGCCCGGAUACGACAACUCGGCAGCAAAGCCGGACCCAUCCAACGACGCGCCCGCUGCCUCAGACCAUGAGAUCACCUUUCACAACCCCUCUGCCGCGGCCGCCGCGGCGGCUGCAGGCUCCGGGCCCGGCUCAUCCUCCGGCGGCGCGGGCGGGAGCAGCACUCACCCAGACUCAGAUAACGCCAGUCUGAAUGCGCCCUCGAGUUUCUCGGUCGGUCUGAGCAUCGACACAGACGACAGCGAUGCGGACUCCGCGAUGGGCUCGGUGCGGGCGCAGUCGUCGUCCGUGUCGGCGUCGUCGUCCAUUUUUGACUUUGUCGAGGAGCACGGGCGCACGUGGCACCGGUACCACGAGGGCAAGUACUUCAUGCCCAACGACAUCCCCGAGCAGGAGCGCCUGGAGCUGCAGCACUCGAUCAGCGUGCGGCUGUUUGGCGGGCUGAGCCUCGCGCCCAUCGACCGGCCCAACCGCGUCCUGGACAUCGGCACCGGCACCGGGAUAUGGGCCAUCGAGUUCGCCAACGAGCACCCCGAGUCGGACGUCAUGGGCACCGACCUGUCGCCCAUCCAGCCCGAGUACGUCCCGCCCAACUGCCGGUUUGAGGUCGACGACGCCGAGGACGAGUGGGUCUUCAACCACAAGUUCGACUACAUCCACGCGCGCUUCAUGUGCGGCAGCUUCAGCAACUUCCCCGACAUCUUCCGGUCGUGCCUCGACAACCUCGAGCCGGGCGGGUGGGCAGAGUUCCAGGACUACUACGUCAAGAUGCAGUGCGUCGACGACUCCCUGUCGGGGACCUCCCUCGAGCGCUGGAACGACUGCGUCCUCGAGGGCGUGCGCCGCAUGGGCAAGAACGGCCUCGCCGCGGCGCGCUUCAAGGCCCAGAUGCUCGACGCCGGGUUCACGGACGUCGUCGAGCGCAAGUUCGCGCUGCCCGGGAACCCGUGGGCCAAGGGCGAGGACCAGAAGAUGCUGGGCAUGAUGCAGAUGGAGAACAUCCUGGACGGCCUGCACGGCUUCUCCAUCGGGCUGUUCACCAAGAUGCUCGGGAUGGCCGCGGAGGAGGUGGAGCUGAUGCUCAUGGAGGUCAGGAAGGAUCUGAGAAACACAAAGAUUCAUUUCUACUACAUUGUUUACUCUGUAUAUGGCCGGAAGGCACCAUGAAGGUGAUGACUCUUUAAUGAUGAUAGAUUCGCGCAUAUGAUACCACUACCACCACACAAUGCCACCCACAUAUUGCAUGUAUAUUUCAAAAAAUAUGAAAACAUCUGUCUAUACUCUAUUGAGUGAAGCGACGCAAUUCCUACAAUCAGAUCCGUUCCCUCAUUACGUGGCUCAUGUGUUUUCGUCAUCCAUCAUCCUGGAAGUAGCGCUCAUCACCAGAAAUACAGGCCGGGCAUGGUGUCGUUCUCGAACCAGCUCAUCGAGCCCACUCCCUCGGGCACGAACAUCGCGUCAGUCAUGCGCUGCGGGUCGUCGUCAGUUUGAGUCGGCAUGACACACAAGACAAUACGAGCUAAGCUGACAGCCUCAUGCAAGAUAAGAAGAAAAGAAAAGGCCAGGGGGGAGGAAACACAAACUUUCCUACUCACCGUGAAGUCCCAAUCCUCCGUCAGCCCCGGCGACGGGCCAAACUCGUCCACGAUCGGCGCCGCCCCGCCGUGCUGCUUGGUGGCCGCCACCAUGGCCUCGAGCAGCAGGACGGCCUUCUCGGCAUCCUUCUGGCCCUCCCUGAUCAGGAACCGGGCGAGCUCCGCCGAGCCCGCCGAGUCCGCGCCCGCGCCCGCGCCCGCGC